UAAAAGCAAAGCUAAGUUUAGCGCUAACAUUUGUCGCCUGCGUCAAACAUGCGUUCUUCCGGUCAAAGUGUUGUUUUGAAAGGUCACGAGUGUGCUUUGUAAACUCACCCUACAGCGUGUAGCAUUUAGAAACCGUCUGACGCAGUCUGCUCAGUGUAGGAGGGAAGUCUCGGAGAGAAGGCAUUCUGAAUCUGGAAGAAUUGUUUGCUAACAAACAGCUACUAGCUAACUUGCUGUUCUUUUGUAACUCACUGAGGGGGAUGGAGAAGGCUAAACAAGAUGCCUUUGAUAACGCCAGACUUCAGUUGAUCAACGAUGGCUAUGAGAGUGCUUUUGAGUGCAUCAACAAAGGACUAACAGCAGAUGAAGCUGGAGACAAGACACAGGCCCUGGAGUUCUACAAGCGGGGCCGACAGCACCUCAUCAGGGCCAUCAGUGUGCCUUCGACGGGAGACGAGUGUCAUGGUAGCUCCUGGGAAUCGGCCAGACAGAUGCAGCAUAAGAUGCAGGAGACGCUGAACAACAUCACCACCCGCCUCGCCAUCCUGGAGACCUGCUCUGAUGGUGAAGCUGCACCCGCACAGGAUGCAGAAGGUCUGUACCCAAAGCUCCACUUCAAAGAGAAGCCAGAGAGACCGACUCUACCAAUCCUGCUUGCUGGAGCUGUAGGAGGCGUAGCUGUGAACUGUCCACCCGUGGGUCCAGCUGAGCAGCCUCCAGCUUAUUCUCCUCAGGCAGCUCAAGGCCACAUAUCUGUCUCCUACGGGACAGAUUCAGGGGAAAUGUCACUGGUUAGGGAUGAGUUCUACAACCGUACAUCUCACUCAACGCCAUCUCCUCAGGGCAUGGACGAGGAUGGGCAGGAGUUACUGUACAUUCCUCAUGGCGUCCAGAUCUUCUACGUCACACCUGAGGGCCACGUAAGCGCCCCAUCAUAUCCGGGCUACCUUCGUCUGGUGAAGUUUACCAGCGAUCAGUCUGACAGGAUGCCUGAUCGACCACCAGCAUUUCUGCAGGUGUGCGACUGGCUCUACCCUCUCAUGGCCAUGGACUCGCCCGUGCUGCUGUGUAACACCGGCGUGUUCAUGUUUCCGGACAUGAUGGCGCCGGCUCUGGGCUGCUACGUGGGAGUGGUGCUGUCCUCUGAGCUUCCUGCUGCACAAAGAGCUCAGUUUCAGGACCUGUUGUCCCAGAUGACGGAUCUCAGGGUCCAGCCAACAGAUGAUGCAGAAGCCACAGACUCCAUUAAUCUCAGCAACAAGGUGUCCAUCGCAGCACCUGAGGAGGCGGCGCCUGCAGAGGCAGAGGAGGAAAAAGACCUACCGGAGUGGAGUGAAAAGGUGGCGAGUGGGAUCCUGACAGGUGCUUCCUGGUUAAGCUGGGGUCUGGUCAAAGGUGCCGAGUACACUGGCAAGGCCAUUCAGAUAGGAGCAUCUAAACUCAGAGAGCACAUCACCCCCGAAGACAAGCCCACCCUCGUUAGCCCCACGGUCACUAAAAGCCUCCACGUGGCCAAGCAGGCAACAGGCGGCGCCGUCAAAGUCAGCCAGUUCUUGGUGGAUGGGGUGUGUACCGUUGCUGGCUGUGUGGGGCGAGAGUUGGCUCCCCAUGUGAAAAAACACGGAAGCAAACUGAUUCCUGAGUCCAUGAGGAAAGACAAGGACGGACGUUCCAACGUAGAUGGAGCAAUGGUGGUGGCGGCCAGUGGUGUGCAAGGAUUUGCAGCCGUGUGGACGGGUUUGGAAGUAGCAGCUAAAGACAUCACUAAAAACGUUGCAGCAGAAACCGUCACCACCAUAAAGCACAAAUUUAGGGGCCUACAAAACGUCUUUGACACACCUAAUGAGGAGGGCUGUAAUUCUACCUAGCUACAGUCAGCUGUUAAACUGCUAAUUACACAUAUUUCACCCCUUUUAUUAUCUUUUUUUUUUUGUAAUUAGACACUAAUUACCUUUUUGGGAUGCUUUUUCACUGAUUUCAUAAAUAUUUCUAAUUCACAGUUGCCACGGUUACUGUCCUCUCUGACUGUAACAUUCACUCAUACCCUAUAUAUUGGUGUUGCAUGUCCUAAUAACUGCCACAUUGGUGCAUUUAAUGUCAUUAAAAUGACUUUUAAUUUGGUGGUUUUUGUGGGAUUUGAUUACCAGGACAUCAUCUUGAACUUCCAGAGCUUUGUAGGGAAAAUAAAGUGAAAUUUCAUCUACUUAUGUUUCCUUUAACACACUUUUUUUUUUUUUGCUUAACUAUUUAUUUCUGGAGAUCUGAUUUUCGGCAGCUGGGCUUGUCUGUAUGCGACGCAUGGGUGUAUUUCUAACACUGAAGUUGAGCAUGAUGUCUUUUCAGUCUUUACACUGCAUAUUAAUGAACCUUCUCACCUCUUACUCCGGCCUUUGACCUGAUCCGACUCUGGCGCUGACUCUGAAGGUACGGAGCAGCGGCAGGACAAGCUACCGACAACGCUGUUAACUCUGCCAUUAACGUUGGGAUCACUGCCGUCAAUAUCGACAACCUGGGGAUCAAAGCGGUGGUGAAAAGGACUGGAAAGCAAACGGCGCAGGCCAUCCUGGAAGAUUACCACCUUGAGGACAAACCACAACCCGAGAAGCAAGUGGAGAAAGUGAAGAAAUAGCUGCCUUCAUUUAACAAUGCCUUAAAACCUUAAUGAUCUCAGAGCUCUCUAUUUAAUAUUUAUAAAAUAUUAUAUUUACAGAGUAAAUAUGUAUACAACGGUUUGACAUAGCUUUGAAGCACCAAAUGUGGAAAAUGGAACACUGCCUAACCCAAACAGAAAGUGGCCCACAUAACAGACAAAUGCUGUCAUUAAUCUGAAGGUAGUUGGACCAAAACCUUUCCAAAAUAUAGGUGUGUAUGUGUGUGUUUUCAGGGUACAUGUUGAAAUAAUGAAGAAAUCUAAGGUUUGUUUCUCUAACUUUAAAUAAAAUUCCUUUCUAGCA